AUGUAUAUCUUGAAGUAUCACAGGCAUCACCUCCUAGAGCUGGCUGAAUACAUCACAGCCGGAUUCCUCACGGGGUUCAUCUGCCAACUCCUCUUUGCAAAGGGCUGGGAAAAUCAAAAGCCAUUCCUACUUCCAUCCUCGGCCAUCAAGAGAAUAAGAGGAAUAUACGCAAACUUCCUCCUGCAAGGGGCGACUAAGAGACUUGAUGAGAGGUCAUUUGUUUAUGGUAGAAAGAUAGAGCGGGAUUUCAGAGAGCGAAUCAAGGAACACUGCCAAGACACCAAGGAGGCCAAGACCAAGGGAAAAGACUCGCAUCAUCGUAUGUUUUGCGUUCGUGAAGAUUUUACUGAUGACGAGUUCUUUAUCCUCGCGGUAUACGGCAAAGACACACACCCUGCCAUUAACGAACUCCCCGAGGGGUUUACUAUUAUAGCAUUAGGGCCCUACGAGAGUCGACCAUUCCUAGAUCUUACGUCUCAACUUCAAUUGCCCGUCGUUGCUGACAGUUAUGACCGUCGCCUUGGCCUUGGGGCUAAAUCGAGAUCCUGGAAUGAUGCCAUAGGGGACUUUUCCACGACUCCUUGA